AUGUAUGCAUUGUUAUUCACUGUUCAAAUGUGGGUUUCAAAGAAAGUUUCUAGGCUAGAAGCUAUGUUGCUAGAGGCCAGGGGAUUAUGGUGUAAGGCAGAAAAUGCUCACUCUAGCCUUUUGGAGGAAAAUCCAUUUGAUGAGCAGGUGCUCUAUACACUUGGUGGACUAGAAAAUCUUCAGACAGCGAAGAAAUAUUUUGCAUCUACCAUAGACUUGACUGGUGGCAAGAGUACCAGAGCACUUUUUGGCAUAUGUUUGUGUACAUCUGCCAUCGGGCAGCUGACUAAAGGACGAAGCAAGGAGGAUAAAGAGAGCCCGGAGCUUCAAUCUCUGUCCGCAAUGGCAUUGGAAAAAGACUAUAAGCAGAGAGCUCCCAGCAGGCUCUCCGUGCUUAGUUCAACAUUGAGAAGCUUGAAAAUCUAACCUAACCACAGUUUUAUUGGAAGCAGCACCUACUGUUCACAGCGUGCACUUCAAGAUUCCAAGUCUGUCAAUCUGCUUACCCCCUUUUUGCAGACUUCUACUCUUUGCAUUAUUUUACUUAUUUGUGGACGUGAUGUUUCACUUAUUUAAGUAAAACAAGAGAGUUACUUUUAGACAAUUUUGGGAAAGUUUAAUGCUGAAUAGAAUACUUGAACUUUUGAUAUGUUGGAUCAUGAAAUAAAUUUCUAUUGGACAA